CGUGGAGUAUAAAGGGUGAGGGCGGUUUUUCCCUUCGCAGGACGAAAGAGGCCCUGAUGGAGGUUCAAGGGAAGGACAUGGGAGAUCGGGAGAUGCAGGAAUACAUAGCCAACAUCAAUAAGCAGGAAAUGGCAAAGAAUGAACUGGAGACGAAAAAGCAGCAGGUGGCCCAACUGGAAGCGGAGGACCUGGAACUGGAGCGCGAGAAGAUCCUGGAGGCGAACUUCAAGUGGAGGCAGUCCCAGAUGCUGAUGGAAUUCGCCUGCAAGCAGCUGGCCAUCGCGGUCACGAAGUGGCAGAGCAUCCCCCAACUCCCCGAGGAUGCCCUGGAGCAGCGCUACGCGGUGGCGUCGGAAGCGAGGAACAACCUCACGGCAGCAGCGCAGAACAUCCAGGGAGCCCACCGCUAUCUGGACAACAUCACGUUUCCCUAUUGCACUCCGGACGAAGUGGAAACGCUCCAAAGGGCGACGAUGUACGUCUACACAGACAUGCAAAAUCUGGAACGACACGAGCACGCCGAGAAGUGCUACGUCACGACGCACAAGAGAGCCGCCGCACUUCUGCAGUGGUUCGACCAGGUGUUGACGACGUCUAUCUUGAAAGACCUGGCCGACGUGAACGAGAAGGUGAAAGACAAGACCCUGGCGCUGAGGAGGGAGAGGGUUCGCCUCAUCAAGGACAAGGGAAGGGAAGGAAGGGGAGAAGAAAAAAGGCUGUUGAUGAAAAUCACCGGUAUGAGCCGGAUAUUUAAAGCGGGCAUUCGAAAUGACGAGAAAGAAAACCCACAGAUGGAGAAGACCUGGGGCAGAUCGGUGGACAUCUCGCUCGACGCGGACUCGGUCGCAUUCGGUGCCAGCAUGGACGCCGAGAUGGCCGCACUCGAGGCUCGACUCAACGCCGGGGAAGUCGUCCGCGUGGAUUCGGCCAUGCCGGACGACGAAUGGAGGAAGCAGGUGAUGUCCCCCGGCGAACUGGCCCCCGUGCCGACCCGGGAGGAACUGUUCGGCCGCAUCGACGAGCUGACCAAGCAGCACCGCGAGGAGGCAGAGGCCCUCAAGCGAGAGCAGGAGCAAAUCCAGCAGCGGGUCAACGCCGAGCUGCAGGAGAAGCUCAACGCCCGCAGGCAGCGGCGGGCCCGGCGGAGCGUCGAGGAGAAGGAGAGAGCCGCUUACGCUUAGUAGCGGCCGGUCGACGAAUGAGACGAGCCGUCGAAUCUCGGAUGUCACGUCUUACCGACCCGAUUCUUGCACUCUGUUUCCUGGCCUUCCUGGCCUUUCACACCCACUACGAAGGGGAAGCGAGGGUUUCACUUUUGGGGAAUAUAACUAACGAAUUCGUGAAGCAGCAAAUUAUACAUAUAUAUUUUUCUAUGGUGUUGGGGCGCUGCUGAACCGGGCGGGUGCAUAUCAUCUGUCAUACCUGGUACCUACCUUCGGGUGCAUGUUUUUGUCCUUAUACGAAAAGAUCUGAAAAAAAAUAAGUGUAAAAAGACGCACCUCACCGCAUAUAUGUAUGAUACAUGUGCUUGAAAGCGAGUGAAUCCCAAUUUCAUCGUGUCCCUUCCUGUGACCUUAUCCGUAUCUUUUUAUUGUGGUAUGCGCUCGCCACGUGAUCGUGGAGGCGACCGAGCGAGGCGCGCGCAGUCCUUCGAGGCGCCUCAGCGGGUACUCGUCGAUCGCUGUGAUAUCGGAGACGUUUUUCGGGGCGGCUUUGCUGGCGGAAAGCGGCGGACCCACGACUUUCGUUUCGUGACUUUCGUGACUUGUAACGCGUGACAGAGUCGUCCGGUCGUUCCUCGUCGGGGCACUGGACGUUUUCUUCACUGUGUCAAAGAUUCUCGGCUUGGAAUGUUUUUUUUUUGCGUUUCAUUGACAAUAUAUAAGCUUGCAGACGAAA